UUCUUCGGCCGAACGUUUUUAUUAUACCGCUUCGCGUUAACCGUGCCGCACGUCCGUUACGUUUGCGUUCCGUGGGGAUUUCUAAAUAGCAAUCUAAAUACUAAUAUCGAAUCAUCAUGCCGCCUAAGACAAGUGGAAAGGCCGCCAAGAAAUCUGGUAAAGCCCAGAAAAAUAUUUCGAAGACCGAUAAGAAAAAGAAGAAGCACAAGAGGAAGGAAAGUUACGCCAUUUACAUUUACAAAGUGCUGAAGCAGGUCCAUCCCGACACCGGUAUUUCGAGUAAAGCCAUGUCGAUCAUGAAUUCGUUCGUGAACGACAUCUUCGAACGUAUCGCUGCAGAAGCUUCUCGUCUCGCCCAUUACAACAAGCGUUCGACGAUAACCUCGAGGGAGGUUCAGACUUCAGUGAGAUUGUUGUUACCGGGUGAACUCGCCAAGCACGCGGUCAGUGAAGGAACCAAAGCCGUCACGAAAUACACGAGCUCCAAGUAACUUUCUUCAUGACUUCGGUAAUUAUUUCAAACUCACAAAACUGAUGCACGACCGUACGCUGUUCGUAUGCGUGUUUCGGUUGCAUUUACAUCGACAAAAGGCCCUUUUCAGGGCCGCAAAA